GUGGUUUUAUAGUUGUUGAACAAAAAUAACCACUCUGAACUACACAGUCACCUAACCAAUCAGUUGGAAGGGGAGGAGCCACUCACAAACCGGCCAAUCCAGAAUGAGGGGUGGGGCCAUGGCGGUUUUACAAGUGCUGUUAUUGGCCAGUCUGCUGGAGCCUGCAACUCUAGCAUUCAGUCGUGCUCCGGUGCCCAUGGCAGUCGUUCGACGGGAGUUGUCUUGUGAAAGUUACCCAAUCGAGCUGCGCUGUCCCGGCACGGACGUCAUCAUGAUUGAGAGUGCAAAUUAUGGUCGGACUGAUGACAAAAUCUGCGAUGCCGACCCUGCGCAGAUGGAGAACACACGCUGUUAUUUGCCUGAUGCGUACAAGAUCAUGAGCCAGAGGUGUAAUAACCGGACGCAGUGCGCAGUCGUGGCUGGACCGGAUGCGUUUCCUGAUCCCUGCCCUGGAACAUACAAAUACCUAGAAGUACAGUAUGAGUGCGUCCCAUACAAGGUGGAACAGAAAGUUUUCUUGUGCCCAGGGCUCUUGCGUGGCGUUUAUCAGAGCGAGCAUCUGUUUGAAUCGGACCACCAGUCGGGAGCUUGGUGUAAAGACCCCCUUCAGGCCUCGGAUAAGAUCUAUUACAUGCCCUGGACGCCGUAUCGCACAGACACCCUCACCGAAUACUCCAGCAAAGAGGACUUCGUUGCAGGCCGACCCACGACCACCUACAAACUUCCCCAUCGGGUGGACGGCACCGGGUUCGUCGUCUACGACGGCGCGCUGUUCUUCAACAAGGAGCGCACGCGGAAUAUCGUCAAGUUCGAUCUGCGCACUCGCAUCAAGAGCGGCGAGGCCAUCAUCGCCAGCGCCAACUACCACGAUACGUCUCCAUACCGUUGGGGCGGCAAGUCAGAUAUCGAUUUGGCAGUGGACGAGAACGGACUUUGGGUGAUUUAUGCCACGGAACAAAACAACGGACGGAUUGUGAUCAGCCAGCUGAACCCGUACACUCUGCGGGUGGAGGGAACAUGGGAUACGGCCUACGACAAACGCUCCGCUUCCAACGCUUUCAUGAUCUGUGGAAUCUUGUACGUGGUCAAGAGCGUCUACGAAGACGACGACAGCGAAUCCACUGGGAAUAAAAUCGACUACAUCUACAACACGGAGCUGAGCAAAGAUGGCUAUCUGGACAUCUUUUUCCCAAACUCGUACCAGUACAUCGCCGCCGUGGAUUAUAAUCCCAGAGAUAAUCUGCUUUAUGUGUGGAAUAACUACCACGUGGUCAAAUAUUCCCUGGAUUUUGGAGUACUGGACAACAGGCUAGAAUCUUCCUCCUUGGGAAACGUCUUAAUGGACACAACAGCAACACGCACCACAACUCGCCCUGUUACCGUCACCAUGACGACCACUUCCACCACCACCACAACCACCACCACAACCAAAUCGCCCGGCACGACGACAACGGCGCCGGUCACACGGAGCACAACGUCAGACCGCCAGCCUCUUCCAGAGGCCUCAAUGCGCUCCGUCCCUUCCUCUGUCCUGCCAAAUAUCGCUGUGGAGUUCUGCAGCCCCAUCACCGACUCCACCCUCACCUGGCCCAAAACACGACAGGGUCAGGUUGCCAAGCAGCCGUGCCCGCCUGGAACCAUCGGGACGACCAUGUUUGCCUGCCAGGGGCCCGAGGGACUGUGGGACCAGCAGGGGCCCGACCUCAGCAACUGCACCUCCACAUGGGUCAACAUCAUCAACCAGAAGAUCAGAGCUGGUGAACCUGCUGCCAUAAUCUCCCGUGAGCUUUCCGAGCAGACCAAGGGCCACAUGCAUGCAGGGGACAUCACAUACACCGUACGGGCCAUGGGUCACCUCAUCGACCUGCUGGACAUCCAGCUCCGAAAUCUCACCCCUGGGGGAAAAGACAGCGCCGCCCGGAGCCUCAACAAGCUGCAGAAAAGGGAGCGUUCGUGUCGAUAUUUUGUCCAGGCAAUGGUGGAAACCGUGAACAACCUUCUGCAGCCGCAGGCGCGGGCGGCGUGGAUGGGGCUCUCGACCGGCGAACAGCUCCGGGCCGCCACCAUGCUCCUGGACACCGUAGAGCAGGGCGCUUUUGUGCUCGCUGACAACCUGCUCAAAACUGACGUUGUGCAGGAAAACACAGAAAACAUCCAGCUGGAGGUGGCGAGGAUGAGCACAGAUGGAAAUCUGCCAGAUCUGAAGUUUCCACAGACAGGAGGCCAAGGGAACGCCAUCCACCUGUCAGCCAACACUCUCAAACAACACGGCAGAAACGGUGAGAUCCGGAUGGCGUUUGUCCUGUAUAAGCAUCUGGGUUCAUACCUGUCCACAGAAAACGCCAGCAUGAAGUUCAGCAGCGAGACAUUAAACACCAACUACUCUGUCAUCGUCAACUCUCCCAUUAUAACAGCGGCCAUCAACAAAGACAGUAACAAAGUUUACCUGUCCGACCCCGUCAUAUUCACGGUCCGACAUAUUCAGCAGUCCGAGGAGAAUUUCAACCCCAACUGUUCGUUCUGGAGCUACUCAAAGCGCAGUAUGAUGGGCUUCUGGUCCACGCAGGACUGCCGGCUGCUGGGAACUAACCGAACACACACCACCUGCUCCUGCACACACCUGACCAACUUUGCUGUGCUCAUGGCUCAUGUGGACGUGAAGACGGCAGACCCUGUGCAUGAUCUGUUGCUGGACGUCAUCACGUGGGUGGGCAUCCUGCUGUCUCUGGUCUGUCUGCUCGUCUGCAUCUUCACCUUCUGCUUCUUCCGUGGCCUCCAGAGCGACAGGAACACCAUUCACAAGAACCUCUGCAUCUCGCUCUUCAUCGCUGAAACUCUCUUCCUCACCGGCAUCAACCGCGCAGACCAACCUAUUGCCUGCGCUGUCUUUGCGGCACUACUCCAUUUCUUCUUCCUGUCUGCGUUCACGUGGAUGUUUCUGGAAGGCGUUCAGCUCUACAUCAUGCUGGUGGAGGUGUUUGAGAGCGAACAUUCCCGCAGGAGAUAUUUUUACCUGGCCGGAUACGGAAUUCCUGCCCUCAUCGUGGCUGUUUCUGCUGCAGUAGAUUACCGCAGUUACGGGACAGACAGAGUGUGCUGGUUGCGGUUGGAUACUUAUUUCAUCUGGAGUUUUAUUGGCCCCGCCACACUCAUCAUCAUGCUGAAUGUGAUCUUCCUAGGAAUCGCUCUGUACAAGAUGUUCCACCACACUGCCAUCCUGAAGCCAGACUCUGGUUGUCUUGACAACAUCAACUAUCGCUUUCAUGACGGCUGUGUCAUAGUGGAGUGGCACUGUUAUGAGGAUUAUGAUCCAGAGAUUAAAUCGUGGGUAAUCGGAGCCAUAGCACUGCUCUGUUUACUGGGCCUGACCUGGGCGUUCGGGUUGAUGUACGUUAACGAGAGUACAGUGAUCAUGGCGUACCUCUUCACCAUCUUUAACUCCCUGCAGGGCAUGUUCAUCUUCAUAUUUCACUGCGUCCUGCAGAAGAAGGUACGCAAAGAGUACGGGAAGUGCCUUCGGACCCACUGUUACACUGGGAAGAGUGUGGAGUCGUCUAUGGGUUCGGUGAAAAGCUCCUCGUCGCGUGGACCUGGACGAUAUUCCUCAGCAUCACAGGUUCACCACCCGCCUUGUAUGACAAACUCAUCACAGUUACAGUAUGAACAAAGCCGAAUCCGCCGGAUGUGGAAUGACACGGUGAGGAAGCAGUCAGAGUCUUCAUUCAUGGCUGGAGACAUCAACAGUUCCGCGACACUCAACAGAGGUGCCAUGGCCAAUCACCUCAUCCCAAACUCUCUGCUGCGCUCACACGCCUCUAACAACCCCUAUAACACCUUACUGGGCGAAUCAUCAGUCUAUAACAACCCCACUCUCAGCAUGUACAACGCUCAAGAGCCCUACAGAGAGACAAAGGGAAUCCUGAACAAUGCUCGGGAUACAAGUGCCAUGGAUACUCUACCACUGAAUGGUAACCAUGGCAACAGCUACAGCUUAGCCAGCGCCGAUUAUAUGAGCGACUGCGUGCAAAUCAUCGACCGCACGUACAACGUACACAAAGAGACCACGCUGGAGAAACGGAUCCUGAAAGAGCUCACCUCCAACUACCUGCCCACCUACCUAAACAACCACGACCGCACGGCCGAGCACGGGCGCAACCUCAUGAACAAGUUGGUGAACGAAGUCAGCAAUGGAGGCGGGGUGAAAGACUCUCCCAUGCUGCCUGUUAACCUUGCGUUGGGCUUGGACAACUCGCCAUCUUUCCCGCCCGAGGACAGUCUAGGGCUGGAGCUGAUCAGGGAGGAGUCCAGUGCACCUCUGCUUCCGCCACCACGCCACGUCCAGCCUCUCCCCACCACGUUCAGCUCGGCCUCUUCAUUACGACGGCGCCUUCCGCAAGAAAACAGCGAGAGUUUCUUCCCUCUGCUGACAGAGGAGCAAACGGAAGAGACUCCGUCCCCGCAGAGAGACUCGCUCUACACCAGCAUGCCCACGCUGCCUGACCCCGAGCGCACCAACACGCAUUCGCUGCCCCGCAGUGGCGACACGCACACGCUUCCCAGGACCGGGGAGCCAGAUGAAGUGUACUAUAAGAGUAUGCCCAACUUGGGUUCACGCAACCAUCUGGACCAGCUUCACAGCUACUACCAGCUGGGCCGCGGCAGCAGCGACGGCUUUAUCAUCCCGCCCAAAGAUGAGCUUUCGCCCGAAGAAAUGCCGCUGGAGCCUGCACACAUGGUCACCAGCCUAUAGAGGGUGCCGAACAUCAUGCUUUCUGCUGUGCUCACCGUCAUCGCCCCCUAUAACAUCUCGAGCUCUACGUGCUCUUCUACGUUUCCGUACCGUUCUGUCGUCCACAGUUGUUCACUUUUGCUUCUACGUGUCUGCAGAAAAUUGAACUGCACCAACAAACCUUGGGAGGCGAUUUUGUAUUCUGUUCAGGAAAGGAUUAUGAGUACUCUUGCUUGAGGAACGAAAGUUGGCAUUGUUUUGAUUCCAUUGGUCGUGCACUACUACUUAAAGGGACAACGGACCCAAAACUGGAUUUGAUGUAUAACCUUAUGGGGAGUACCAGACUUUGAAGGGUUUUUCACUCUCAGCGGCCCCGAAGGAAUACAAAUAACUGCCAAAAAAACAUUGUUAGUAGCUCAGUGCGUCUAGUCAACACCAAUCACGUCGGAAACAAUGUGACUCAGAAACUAUUUUAAUACCUUCUUUAUCCAUAUUUGCUUUUUAAAUAUGUUUCUUCUACUCAUGUGGUAAAAAAAGCAGCACAUUUUGCUGCAACAGAGAACAAUGCCGAAGAAGGACGACUCCACCGUUUCUGUUCUUUGCUGUAUUAAUAACAAAUAUUGAAAAGCGUGGGAAAAACUAAUACUGGAGAAUUCUACGAUAUUUCUAUGUAAAUGUACAGACACUAGUGUUACACAGGAUAGUGCUUAUUCUGUUCCUACGCCUUCUGCUUCCGUAACUAUGGUGAUUUCAGACCAUUUCCUUUCUCUCCUGAUGGUCUUGUCCUCAACACGACAGGUUUUGAUUCCUCUCUUUUUUUAAUUAUAUAUUUUACAUUCAUGUCUUCAUUUUAGUAUGAAUAAUGGCAAGUAGAAAAAAAAAACAACAACAGCAACAGAAUAGACAAAAAUAUAUAUAUAUUUUUCCUCAUCUGUUUGAUUUAUAGACACCAGUUUGUAGAUGAAGAAAGGUGCCCAACAUUGAAAAUAUGUUGCCAUUUUGGGGUAGAGAUAUGAGAAUCGCAGUUUAUGAUCAAAAAAGUCUUUUUCAUUCAGAGAGAGCGAGACUUUGACAGAGAUUAACGCAAGACACUUUUUUUUUGAUUUCAUAGAUCCGCAUUUAGAAUGAGAGAAACUUAAAAAAAUAUCUUCUUUUGGCUUUUUUUUUUUUUUUUUCUGGUGGAGAAUGAAUGUUUAUUUAUUAAACUGAGGGGGGAGAAAGUACAAACUAUUCUGCAAAACUGCUAGAGGUGAAAUGAUUGCGGCACAUUAAAUGUUUUAUCACAAAUAUGAUUAUAAAUUUUAUUUAUUCUUUUGUUUAUCCAUUUUUUUCUCCUGUGGUUGAAUGACCUCUCACUAAUAUUUGUUGUAACAGUGAAACUUGUUUGCCAACAAAUAAAUGACUGACAGAGUGAAGCUGA